AUGACGAACAGCUUGUCACUGCCUGCAGAAAUUGUACAGCGAAUCUGUGAAAUUGUCUACCUCGACAGUGUCCCACUCUGUUCGCUGCGUUUGUUAGAUCCGGCAUCGAUUCCCUCGGCCGCCCACGACGGACAGGCCGUAUCUACAUCUAUAUACGAGACACAGCAUGUCCUUUACAUGCUAUGUCUUGUGAACCGGACAUUUUAUCGAUACGCACAACCCCUCAUUUGUCGAAGAAUUCAGUUUACGCUCCCAUAUCGCUUCAUGCUGCUUGUGCAAGCGGCUAUAGAUAAAAAAGUCUCGACACUAUCGAGCAUUCGCUUGCUAGACUUUUCUUCAUUUCGUGCUUUGGGUCUCGGACGCACCGUGGGAGAAAGCACAGAACACCGGUUUGUCACACCUGAACGACUCUACACGCUGGUUCAUGCUGCAACGGGGCUUGUGGCAUUUGGAUCGAGUGAGACGAUGGACAGUGCUUUGUCGCUAGAAGUGCUAGAAGCGCUCCUUCUCCACGAUGGCGCGCGAAGUAGACCCAGCCGUGUGCGUGAUGUGAGUAUGGAACGUGAUGCUGGGCCUGUCCACAACGCGCUGCAGAGUCUUGAUUUGUGUGGCUGCAUUAGCCCCAAGUUUCUGCAUGCCAUGCGACUCUUUGUCGAGAAGCACCUCGAGCCAGCAUCACAGCACCGCGCAAUGUAUGAUUUGAUUGAAGAAGAUGAGAACACGGAUUCAGAGUCCGAGCACCGCGGGCGGUCACGCACAGCUCUGUUGCCACACCACAUGGUCCAGCAUCGGACAACGACACAUGCCCGAUCACGAACGUUUCCCUCCAUGCAGCGUUUGGGACUCAAAGGUGUGUCGCUGCCUCGUGAUGUGCUAGCAUCCUUUGUGCUGUCUUUCCCGAAUCUGACGCAUCUCGACUUGUCGGAAACCAAGGUCGACGCCGCCAUGCUAGACGCCCUAGGCCGAUCGACGAUCCAGCUGGAAAGCCUUUCGCUCUCCCGCUGUCGAGCAAUCACGUCUGAAAGCUUGGUCAAGCUCCUUGUCGGAUCCCCCACGACCAAAGGACUGACAGAACUUGCACUUCAAGGCACGCUCCUAUUUCCCACGCCAGUGUCGCAGGAAGACGCGCGUUUCAUUCUCACACAUGCACCCUGCAUGCAAAGUGGUGCGCUUCGAUACCUGGAUGUGGGCGGAUGCCAACUCACGGAUGAUGAUCUAAAUGUCGUUCCACCGCAGCACUCUCUCUUGGACCUGGGGUUGGGCGCGAUGCCCAACUUAACGCUCCAAGGUGUAAGCACGUUUCUCUUGCACACGGCACCGAACGUGCAAAUCCUUGAUUUAUCACACAGCUGUGCCACCCACAGUCAGGUUCAUGCGGUUCACCUGUACCAUGAUUUGCUGGCGCCUUGCACACAGCGCCCACCCGCGCUGGCUGUUGCUGAGCAGCUGCGUGAAAUGGGCAUAAAGAAGGACACCUCCGAGCCCUGGCACCCGCCCACGAAUCUUCGAGUGGUUGAGUUGUCCUCAUCAGUGCUAGGUACGGUGCGUGGCGGAGUCGGGUCAUGGAAAGUGAUCUGGGGCGCAGGACGGCGUGGCUGGGUCGUCGAUACAGCAGCUGGGCCCCAUCCCCAGGCAUUUGAUAUUCCUGUACACACAGAAGAGCCGGAGCCCUAUCGCGGCCGGGAUCGGACCUGCCGACAAACGGCCGGAUGGCACCCAGAGCCACCUAGCAUGAGCACGUCGGUCGCACGGAUGGAACUUGCGCGUGGCCAUGAUCGCGAGCGGGGCCGUUCUUCCCAUCGGCUUGACCGGCCGCCCGCGGGAUUAUCGCGCUCCAACACCGUGUUCAACGUGCCGAGUGCGUCGUUUGAGUCACGGUCUCGCUCGCUCUCGCUCUCGCGGCACGAGCGCAUGCCGUCGCGUCGCAUGCCAAGUGCCAAAUCAGAGCCCGUGCAGGUCGAGCCACAAGUGCUCCGGAACCUGCCUGUGCAGCAUCCCCGUCGCGUAGAGCUGGAGCGCCUAUCGAGCCAAAAUGGACGUGUGCAAGGCAUCAUCGGCUGGCAUAAUCACAAGAUGGAAGUGUUACUUGGCUAUGGCCUUUUGGGACGUGAGAUCGGUACCUAUGCCUGGUUUGCAUAUCAAGCCAGUUAA